AUGCCUGUUUGGACACUUGUUUGUUUGACCCGAUAUUUACUUAUAUGUUUUUCUCCUCAGGAACUUCUAUUGGCUGAGACGUGGGCCAAACUGAACCGGUUACCAUUCCCUCCAAUUGACCCUACAGUGUUUGACAGAGAGGGACUGAAGGAACUGUACAUCUUCAAACACCCCACAGACCCUCACUGCCCAGUCGUAAUGCACUUCUGCCUCGUUAAUAUCAACUUCAGGAAAUUCUCCAAACCUGGGGUAGAAAGAACCACCAAAGAAGACCUUGAGUUUGCUGAUUUCGACCUGUUUGACGAUCCAGCUACUCCCUAUUCCACUUUCAACUUCUGCUACACUCACCAACAGUUCCAACGCUUGUCGAAAUUGACGGAGUUCAAUACGCUGCUCCACGUGGAUGACAUAAAGAAUGUCAUUGCAGAUAAGAUUGAAACCAAGAGGUCAUGUCCUCCAAGGCUUCCGUUCCAGUCAAAGGACAUGAAGCUGUUGAGAAUAAAGAGUGUCCAGGAGAGGAGAAGAUUGAAGAAGUACCUUACACGCGUAGAAAGUAUCCAUGAGGCAAACUCCCCAACUGUCGAACCCACUAGUCCUUUCUUCACAGCACCGGAGGGUUUGGAGGAUCUUCCAGAGAGUCCUGACCCAAUGCACAGCGAUGGGGCAAAGAGGAGGAGAGUGAAGUUAACGAGACAGGAUACAGUUGGAACUUUAAACAGCAUCACCGAAUCUAUUUCCCUGGAUUCGCCUAAAGCACUUUCGGGGAAACAGUUUGACAUGUCUCAAAACGGACUUCCCGACGAGGACAUCGACAACGACUCCGACGGUUUUGAAGACAUCUGGUACGAUGCCCAGACAUACCACUUCGACCCCAAAAUGAACACCGUCACAUCUUGUGCAUCGUGAAAGGUUAUAUAGAACACAAGGGCUAUAGUUCUUGAGUUUGGUGCUAACCGAAUUCACUCACCUCCCAUAGUGGGUAGAUGCAUGUUCGGUCGAGGCAGAAACAGGUGCUUGGAACACCGGGUGUUUAGGUGCCUUACACGACGAACUGUUCGGCAUCCGCUUGGCCAACCUCUGAUAUCUCAUGAUAGAGGAUAGCAUCUCAGAAUAUUUUGUGAAUUUGCUUGAUAAUUUGCCUUAAUUUAUUACCAUGGUGAUAUCGUGUGUUACGAAAGUACUGUGCUCAACUUAUUUAUUGCAAGGCUUGGAACAGCCAGACUGUGAAACAGGAUAUGUGGGACCACUACAUGACUUUAAUGCUCCCAUUCUGUGAUGUGCAAUAGAGUCACUAUCUCGGCAUUUUUACUAAUUUUUGUAUAGCUUUAUUUAUUGUUUUAUUUGUAAGAAAAGAGUAAAACAUGUCAAUUUGAAUAAAUUGAAGAUACGAAUAUAA